AUCCAGUGAACGAAGUGAACUCGGCUGGACCAUAUCCAAAUUACCCACAGUAUCCAGCAUACUCUGUCGCACCUCCUGGGUACCCAGUGUACGGGCCGCAAACCCGCAUUAGGCGAGAUAACAACACACAGACCAAUUUAUUCCGAGAUCCAUAUACACGCAGAGCGUUCAUUAUGAAAGUGUAUUUACUUCUGGUGGUACAAUUACUGGCGGAGGCAGGAAUUAUCUGGACGAUAAUUAACGUUGAUGAAGUAGUCGAUUUUUUAUCAGACAAAAAGAAUGAAUGGCUUUUCUACGUAGCCGUUGCAACCCCAUUCGGUACUUACAUUGCGCUGACCUACUGCUGUGUGUCGUUGCGACGCAAAGUGCCAUACAACUACAUAUUUCUCUUUAUUUGGACGCUGCCCUUUGGUUUCACGUAUGGAUACUUCUCAGCCUACAAAGAAAUCGACCCCACAAUGUUCACGGCAAUGAUGAUAACAGCUGAUGCAUGCCUAGGAGUAACGCUGGUUAUCUUCGUGCCCAAGUGCCAAUUCAAGGCGCUAACCGGUUUAUUUAGUGUUUUCGGCACCUUUUGCACGGUAUAUGCUUUGGUUUAUUCCCAUUUUCCAUUUGACCACGAAAUCUUUCCCUGGGUCGUAGCUUUCUAUUUGCCGCCAUGCUUAGUCCUGGACACAAUACUCCUGAUGGAUGGUCGUAAACAAUACAAAUACAUUAUAUCACCCGAGGAAUACGUCUUCGCCGCAUCAUGCUUGUUUGUGGACAUAAUAGGCUGUUACAUUCUUACGUGGGGUCUGAUCCAGCUAGGGCGAGGACGACGGCGACGCCGAGGGAUAAUAAUAAAUGUACAAGGUUUUUUCUACUGGACUUGCCUCGAGAACAGAAGCACGCUUAUUUAAAUAUUCCGUUAAGUCGC